ACUAGUUAGCUAGCUAGCAAGUUUGUCAGCCACCAGAGAAUUGAAACAGCAUAUAAUUCAGUAGAGGAGAAAGGAAAUCAGAAGCGAAAUGGCUUCACCCUCUUCCUUCUGUCUCCUUGCUGCACUUCUUGCUUUGCUCUCAUGGCAAGCAACCGCUUCUGAUCCUAGCCCUCUGCAGGACUUUUGCGUUGCCGAUAUGCAUUCUCCUGUGCGUGUCAAUGGAUUUCCAUGCCUAAACCCAAUGGACGUGAAUGCGGACCACUUCUUCAAGGCAGCCAAACUCGAUACUCCUAGGAAGACAAACAAAGUUGGAUCCAAUGUCACCCUGAUCAAUGUAAUGCAAAUCCCUGGUCUCAACACGCUCGGUAUCUCAAUUGCACGCAUUGACUAUGCACCCUUGGGUCAAAACCCACCUCACACACACCCUCGUGCCACUGAGAUCCUCACGGUGCUUGAGGGAACUCUUUAUGUCGGGUUUGUCACGUCCAACCCAAACAACACAUUAUUCUCCAAGGUACUCAACAAGGGUGAUGUGUUUGUCUUCCCUGAGGGGCUCAUCCACUUUCAAUUCAACCCUAACCCGCACCAGCCCGCAGUUGCAAUUGCUGCACUUAGCAGCCAAAACCCUGGAGCUAUCACCAUUGCAAAUGCAGUGUUUGGAUCAAAGCCACCGAUCUCAGAUGAAGUUUUGGCAAAGGCGUUUCAAGUGGAGAAGGGCACCAUAGAUUGGCUACAGGCUCAGUUUUGGGAGAACAACCACUAUUAGUGUCCUUAUGGAAUUGUUACGGUUACCAACUAUGUGUCUUAGUUUUAUCUAUAACAACAAUAAGAGGCAUGUCUUUUGUACGUAAGAUGCAUGCUUAGAAGCUGUUAGUCUGUGUCUGAAAACACAUGUAUCAAUGUAAUACCAGUAUAUGUGUAGUUUUUCCAUUUAAUAAAUUGAACAAUCUGUACGGUGUUCAUUACCAAAA